CUCCCCUCCACAUCCAAUCCUAUCAUCAAGUACCCCAGGCUCAUCUCUCAGUCGCCCUUUCUCUCUCUACACCAACCCCCAUUUUAUCCAUUCUGUAUCUUAAUUGCACUUCCCAGCAGACACAGCAUGCCCCCCACGUAACCAAAAUGGAGAGUGCAGUUAUUACCUUUUCGUUUGAGCUAUAAAUUAGGCUCUAUUGAUUCCUAAUUUAAAACAAUUAGAAGGCAACAAAAACCGCGUCCUUUUGCUGACAACGGGCUUACAGGGCGAGCAGAAGAUAAGUAGAGGGAUGGGAGGGAGCGGAUGGAAUGCUUUCAAGCUACGAAUAUAGAGCAAAAGAGAAGAAUAAGGGGGGAGAGAGAGAUGUUAUAGAUUUUCGUUGAAAUAUUCCCACUCUAUUCCUCCCUCAUCUUCCCCCUCUCCGUCUCUAUCCCCUGCUCUUCCAUUGGUUCUCCAUUCCGAAUCCAAUGCCUCCACUCCUCCUCCUCUCUCUCCUCAUUGGCUUCGAUGCCCUCCUCGCCACGCCGGCGAUCGCCGAAUCCCACUCUACAUCCCUCCGCGCCCCCCUCCACCGCAGCCUCCCGCCGCUCGGCGCUGCGACCCGCCUCGACUACGUCAGGGAGCUCGUCAAGAGCGACCUUCUCCGGCAGCGGAUGAUUGCCGGCACCAUCGGGGGGCAUCGCUACAGGCAGCCUCGGAGGGCUUGCGAGAACGCCACCACAGCGGCGGCGGAGUCGUUCGCAAUGCCGCUGUCGUCCGGCGCGUACACCCACACGGGGCAGUACUUCGUCCGGUUCCGCCUCGGCACGCCGGCGCGGAGAUUCGUGCUCGUCGCCGACACCGGCAGCGACCUCACGUGGGUCAAGUGCCGUUUCAGCCCGCGCAGAUGCCGGCACUGCCGCGGCGGCGGCGGCGGCGGCGGCGCGAGACCAUUCCGCCCGGAGAAAUCCGUGUCGUUCGAUCCGAUUCGGUGUUCGACGGACUUGUGCAAGACCUCCCUUCCCUUCUCGCUCAGCACGUGUCCCUCCCCGGCGAGCCCCUGCGCUUACAAUUACGGGUACGCGGACGGGUCGAUGGCGCGGGGCAUCUACGCGACCGAAUCGGCGACGGUGAUGCUAUCCAACGGCCAGAAGGUGAAGCUCAAGGGGAUGAUCAUCGGGUGCACGUCCUCGUUCGCCGGAUCGAGCUUCCGCGCAUCGGACGGCGUGUUGGGGCUGGGGCACAGCGGCAUCUCGUUUGCCUCGCGGGUCACCGCACGCUUCGGGGGAAGGUUCUCCUAUUGCCUGGUGGACCACCUCAGCCCCAAGAACGUCUCGAGCUACCUCAUCUUCGGCUCCAACGGCGCGCUGGCCCCCUCCGCGGCGCGCCAAACCGAGCUCCUCAUGGAGCCGCGGCUCGCGCCGUUCUACUCCGUCGGGGUCUCCGGCAUAUCCGUCGACGGCGAGGUGCUGAAGAUACCGAUGAGCGUGUGGGACGUCGGGAGACGUGGAGGGGCGAUACUGGACUCCGGCACGAGCUUGACGGUGUUGGUCGAGCCGGCGUACAAGGCCGUGGUGUCGGCUCUGAGCCGGCGGCUCGCCGGGGUCCCGAGGGUGGACUUGGAUCCGUUCGAGUACUGUUACAAUUGGACGGAUGGUACAAAGGUGACGAUCCCCAAGUUGGUGGUCCAUUUCCACGGUCCGGCGCGGCUCGAGCCGCCGGCUAAGAGCUACGUGAUCGACGUGGCGGACGGCGUGAAAUGCAUCGGCUUCACCUCGGCCCCGUGGCCGGGCGUGUCGACUAUUGGGAAUAUUCUACAGCAGGAGCACCUCUGGGAGUUCGAUGUAAAGAAUCGACGGCUGAGAUUUCAGAGAUCGACGUGUGCGCCCCACUGAUCAGAUGGAUAUCUCUGAUUUUCUUUUUUAUUUUGUCCAUGUGGAUUUAAAUCUCUCUCUCUUUUUUUUCUCUUUGUUCCAUAAGGUGAUGUAUGUGUGUUGUAACAAUAAGAUUGGAUGUAGAGAUCAGUUUUUGAUUGUGAAUGAUUAAAGGUGGGGUCCAUCGGGGGCGUCUGCUCCAGUCUAACACAAA